UAAAAGAAAUCAUAUCUCGCAUAGAAUUUCAUAAGCACUAGAACUGUUAACUAAUCUUAUCCCGUCAAAAAAAAAGUGAACUAAUCUUUAUUUAUAUAUAUACACACACUCCAUUAGUUUAACUUAAUGAAGUGCUAAUUUGCAAUAUGGAGAACCAAAAAGUGCAACCAUUCCAAACAACACAAGAACAAGAUUCAACUAUGGAGGAAACAAGAAGGCCAUCAAUGCCUACGGCUACUGCUGCUACGGAGAAGAAGACUGAGCUUCACCCAAGACUGCUAUCUUUUCUUGAGAAAGAUAACUCCUUUCUCACUCCUUGGAGUUGGGAUAAUUCCACAGCUGCUUCAACUUCAACCAAAGAGAAGGAGUACAUUCAAUUUCCUCCUGGAUCCUAUUUUCAUACUCAAAUAUUUGACUUGCCUGAGCGUGAUCAAGGAAGAAGGAGUCAAGGAUCUGGGAGUUUAAUUUCUAAGCCAUGCACCCAAACUCAGUCUAAAGAGGGUUGAUCGGAAUUGAAGAUACGUUUGAUGAACUUUUUACCAUUACUAUUUUGCAUGGGAACUACAGAAGAGAGCUUUGUUUUGAGGAUUGGGAGUUUUCAAGAAUUGGAGAUUCAAGCGUACAAAUCCUAAUUUCUUUGUUUUUUGUUUUGUUUUUUGUUUUGUUUUUACUUUUUAGUUACUACUUUCUGAACUCCUUUUGUUACGGUGAAUGUUAGAACACCGUUGAUUUAAUGAAUUGCACCUCUAUAAUUAAAAAACUAAU